CCCGCCCCCUUUCCUUCUCAUCGUCGUCCUCCUCGGCUCGGGGUCUCGUCGAAACUCGUGUCCUUGGGAUUCGAACCCGUCGGGGCGCGCGCAUCGCCAUGGCGGACGGAGGGGCUCCGGCGGCGCGGGGAUCGAGCCGAGGGGUCCUGAUCAGAGAUGACUGGCCGGGUUUCCCUUUACACCUCUUCUCCUUCCCCAAGCACUAUGCAGAGGACCUGGAGUGUGUCCUCAUCCCUCAUGGCAUCAUUAUGGACAGGACGGAGCGGCUGGCGCGCGACAUCAUGAGCGACCUGGGAGACCACGACAUCGUGGUGCUGUGCGUCCUCAAGGGGGGGUACCAGUUCUGCUCCGAUCUGGUGGAGGUCAUCAAGGCCCUGAGCCGCACGUCGGAGCGCUCCCUGCUCAUGCGCGUCGACUUCAUCCGCCUGCACAGCUACCUGAAUGACCAGUCGACGGAGGACCUCCACAUCGUGGGGCCAGAAGACCUGUCCAUCCUCAGCGGAAAGAACGUCCUGAUUGUGGAGGGGAUCGUAGACACUGGGAAGACCAUGAAGGCUCUCCUGAAGCACGUGGUCACCUUCCAACCCAAGAUGGUCAAAGUGGCAGGUCUGCUGGUGAAGCGGGUAGCCAGUGGUGUGGGGAGCCUUCCAGACUAUGUCGGAUUUGAAAUUCCGAAUCGUUUCGUUGUGGGAUACGCCUUGGAUUAUAACGAGUACUUCCGAGACCUCAGCCACAUUUGUGUGAUCAGCGAUGAUGGGAAGAGGAAGUACAAGGUGUGAAGGUGAAGCCCUGACAGCAUUUUCCAAAGCCUGCGUGUUCAUUCGCAAGGCUUGGACGCAUCGCGCUAACCUGGCGGCGAAUGCCGCUCCCUGCACGCUCCUCGAGUGCCUUCGCUCAACCCCCCGGUAGCCGUGUUUGUGUUCGAUAUCGAGAUCCACGCCCAGCCGUUGUCGGAGACGUCCACGCCCUGCGCUGCUCCAGCUCCUGCGGAGGCCUGAACCGU